AGGGUGGAGACAAAGCAUACCGCACAGCACAGGCGGCCUGGGGGAAUCAUUAACUGCACACAAACACAUACAACACGACUGAUGCAGUGAACCUCUAUGGCCGUGAUGAUGCAGCCCAGAAUUAGCAAAAGACAGUGGACAGCAGUUUGAGGAGGAGCUUGAGCCACAUCGAGACUGGAUCCUGCUCCCCCCUCCUGAGGUCCAGAUCCAUCUCCAUCUUCAGCCCCAGGCCCGGCCCUCUGAGCUCCAGCAGGACAUCCAGCACACAGCCAGCCUCACAGGGGGCGCACUCCCUCCGGAGAGCCCCAGACCCCCGGGUCGGGACGGGACCCUGUCAUGUCUCACUGACUGACCCCCCCCCAACCAGCGAAUGACAAGUGUGCAUCCGAGGGUGGGGCCCGCCUCAGUCUCGCAUGAUUGGCCACUGGAUGGAAUUAAGGUGAAUGGAACACAUGCCCAAGGAGCAGGACCCUAACCUAUCAGAGGGAGAAGAGAAACGGUGGCUCGAUGGCCCGAAGAGGAAGAGGAAGAACAGUCAAUGUUCGGUGAAGAGUAUGACUGGGUACGUUCCCAGUUAUCUGGAGAAGGAUGAGCCAUGUGUGGUGUGUGGGGACAAGGCCACAGGCUACCACUACCGCUGCAUCACCUGUGAGGGCUGCAAGGGUUUCUUCCGUCGAACCAUUCAGAAGAACCUCCACCCCUCUUACUCCUGUAAGUAUGAUGGCUGCUGCAUCAUCGACAAGAUCACCCGCAACCAGUGUCAGCUCUGCCGCUUCAAGAAGUGCAUCGCCGUGGGCAUGGCCAUGGACUUGGUGCUGGACGACUCAAAGCGGGUGGCCAAGCGGCGCCUCAUCGAGGAGAACCGCGAGCGGCGUCGGAAGGAGGAGAUGGUGAAGACGCUGCAGAACCGUCCCGAGCCCACCGGCUCCGAGUGGGAGCUGAUCCGCCUGGUGACCGAGGCCCACCGGCACACCAACGCCCAGGGCUCCCACUGGAAACAGAAGCGCAAGUUCCUGCCAGAAGAAAUCGGCCAGUCCCCGGUCGCUCCCACGUCAGACGGAGACAAGGUGGACCUGGAGGCCUUCAGCGAGUUCACCAAGAUCAUCACCCCCGCCAUCACCCGUGUCGUCGACUUUGCCAAAAAACUGCCCAUGUUCUCGGAGCUGCCUUGUGAAGAUCAGAUCAUCCUGUUGAAGGGCUGCUGCAUGGAGAUCAUGUCGCUGCGAGCGGCCGUGCGCUACGACCCCGAAAGCGAGACGCUGACGCUGAGCGGGGAGAUGGCGGUGAAGCGGGAGCAGCUGAAGAACGGCGGGCUGGGCGUGGUGUCCGACGCCAUCUUCGAUCUGGGCAAGAGCCUGGCGCAGUUCAACCUGGAUGACACCGAGGUGGCGCUGCUGCAGGCCGUGCUGCUUAUGAGCUCAGACCGCUCCGGCCUGACGUGCGUGGACAAGAUCGAGAAGUGCCAGGAGACCUACCUGCUGGCGUUUGAGCACUACAUCAACUACCGCAAGCACAACAUUCCCCACUUCUGGCCCAAGCUCCUGAUGAAGGUGACGGACUUGCGGAUGAUCGGGGCGUGCCACGCCAGCCGCUUCCUCCACAUGAAGGUGGAGUGUCCCAACGAACUCUUCCCGCCGCUCUUCCUGGAGGUCUUCGAGGACCAGGAGGUGUGAAACACGGUUCUCUCCGCGCUGAAGAGGAAGAGGAAGCCGGGGGCAAAUUGGGAGACGAGAACGGCCAUCGUUUUUCUUCGGGGGAAGGAUGGAGGGAGAGUCUUCUCGGCAGGACUUGGCGUUUCUCCGCAGUGACAUUUAACGUGGUUUUAAAAAAAAAAAAAGAGGAAA